AACCGCGGCUUCUCUUUCAUCUCUCCUUCCUCCCAGUGACGGAGAGGAGAAGAAGGAGGAGGAAGAGGAGGAGGAGGAGGGAGCUCGGCUACAUUACCAACACACACACACACUGGUUACAUUACACCGUGGAAGCGCUGCGGGAGCACUGGGAAGUCGGUCCACGGCGUUCUCCGUUUUCCUUUUUGACUUUUUCCCCCUCAUCUGCCGGUCAUUUGGAGGAUGUACGCAGACUCGAGUCGUCGUGUCUGAACCGAGAGAACUCUGCUCCGAGCAGCCAGACUUUUCGCUCUUUUAACUUUGAAGGACGCAUCAACUUUUCUGUGGGACACGGAGGGAAUAUUUCUUCACUUUCUUACAGGGAUACACGCGAUGUUUCUGACACACGCGAGGGCUGUCUUUAGUUCCCCCUCAUGAUAUUGAGGCGGACAUAAACGCAAGUGCUAGUCAUCUCAUUUCAAGUUUUGGACAUUGCUGUUGCUCCAUUACGCACCGGCAGCGUGUUUUUGCGCGCAGCGUCCUCCUCCAAGAGAAUCCAUCUGGAGAGUGGAUUUUAAGUGGGAGUUGUCCCCCCCCCCCUGUUUUUCCCACUCGCAGUCGGUGCCCCUUUCAUUCGUGAAAGAUUCACAACAAACACUCCAUCAUGCCUCAGCUAUCAGGCGGUGGAGACCCGGAGCUGUGCGCCACGGACGAGAUGAUCCCGUUCAAAGAUGAAGGAGACCCACAGAAGGAGCAGAUCUUCGCCGAGCUCAGCAACUCAGAGGAAGAGGGAGACCUGGCGGAUAUCAAGUCAUCUCUGGUCAACGAGUCGGAGAGCAGCCCCAACAGCAACAGCCAUGAUGCAGCUAGACAGUCCCAAAUACCACAAGAUUCAUAUCAUGAAAAACACAGAGAUCAUCCAGAUGAUGGAAAACUUCAAGAUUUGUACAGUAAAGGCCACCCUUACCCAGGAUACCCCGGCUAUAUCAUGAUGAGCAACAUGAACAACGACUCGUAUAUGAACAAUGGCUCCCUCUCGCCGCCUAUGCCCCGAACGUCAAACAAAGUUCCAGUGGUGCAGCCGUCUCAUGCAGUCCAUCCACUCACCCCAUUGAUCACAUAUAGUGAUGAGCACUUUGCUCCAGGAUCGCAUUCUGGACAUCAUCCCCAGGACAACAACAAACAAGGAAUGCCAAGGCAUCACCCUGGUUCCGACAUGCCCAAUUUCUACUCCCUGUCUCCUGGUGGGGUGGGACAGAUCACACCACCCCUGGGAUGGUUCUCCCACCACAUGGUGCCCGGCCCUCCCGGUCCUCAUGCCACUGGGAUUCCCCACCCGGCCAUCGUCAACCCCCAAGUCAAACACGAACCUCUGCAUGAAACAGACAUCAUGCACAUGAAACCUCAGCACGAACAAAGGAAGGAGCAGGAACCCAAAAGACCGCACAUCAAGAAGCCGCUAAACGCCUUCAUGCUCUACAUGAAAGAGAUGCGUGCAAAUGUGGUGGCAGAGUGCACGCUGAAAGAGAGCGCCGCCAUCAAUCAGAUCCUCGGUCGAAGGUGGCAUGCGUUAUCUCGGGAAGAGCAAGCUAAGUAUUAUGAGUUAGCUCGCAAGGAACGGCAGCUCCACAUGCAGCUCUACCCAGGCUGGUCCGCUCGAGACAACUAUGGAAAGAAGAAGAAGCGGAAGAGGGAGAAGAUGCAGGAAACGGCCACGGGUACAGGCCAGAGAAUGAAAACGGCGUACAUCUGAGAAACUGGAGGGAAGCGCACCAGUUUCUCCACAUGCAAAGCGAAGGCAGCAGCUACGGGGCCUCUGCUCGAGAUGGAGGCUUGUUAGAUUCCAUAAACCUCCAAACCCGAAGCCUCCAGUUCUCCGCGGACCCUGCCCCUCCCCACCACUCCCCAACCCCCUUCACCACUCCCACACCGGUCACCACACAUCACUGUCUCCUCCAGAAGGCGCCUGCUGUAGAGACACUGAACUGAACCAGACAAUCACUCUCACCUGAAAGUCUCGUCGUCCGUGUUUCGUCCAGUCAGCUUCACCGCCGGCGAGCACACUGCACUGAGAACCAGCCGCCACCUGGAUGUGCCCCCCUCCGCCCCCCCACCCCUGAAAAACACUCCCAUUCCUAAGUUAUUGUAAGUUAUUCCUCUCCUCUGUUGCUUCGUGUACAGUACCAGACCGACAUUCCCUCCAAACACCGCCCCGUCUCUCGCUCACUGGAUUUCCGAGACCAAUCGGGGGGCGUCGCCAAAACUGACCAAACACCUCUUUUUCGAUUGCACUAAGGAAGACGGAGGGAUCUCACAAUGUCCAAAAAAAAAAAAAAAAAAAAUCUUCAAGACGCCACACUUCUCAUCUUCUUUUCCAGACUUUUUUUUUUAUGUUGAACGGCUUUUUUUUUUUUCAAUUUCGGUGUAUAUUUUACUGAUUAUUUUAAUAUGUAUAAAAAUAAGCUCUGGACACAGGAAAGCCAUUCAUCGCGGAUUAAAUCAAAAACAUCUUUUGAUAACUAUUUGUAACAAAUAGUGACCUCGAGUCUCGCGCAGAUGUACAUUCUCACUACGUGUACUUUUUCACAGCCGCCGUCAGUGGAUUCUCUGGUAUUUUUGCAGGCGACGUUGGAGCACCACGAGAGUGAGGCCUAUAUUUUAUUGUUCGGCGACAAAUGAAGCAGAUAUAUAUUUACCCAGCACUUGGCAGUCAUUCUUUCGUUGCGAUGGACCUUUUCGUCUUUUCUCCCUGGUAGCUACUAGUGUGCUCUUUAGCCAUGUCGAGUUCAUGCAAGCAAGUUUUCAUUUGUUCUUUUUUUAGUAUUACUUGAUGAAUUCCUUUUUUAUGUUGUGUCAUAUUUUCAAGUCUCUUUUUUUUUUUGGCGUAGCUUCACCGAGUCGUCAUAUUUGAACUGUUUCUUUUUUUUUGUAAAGAAAAAUAAAAAGCGGCGGCGGCGGCUCAGUGGGCGUGGCAGGAGAGGAGAGCCGGGGCGCGCCACCUGUAACAACCUGUCUGUCUGUCUGUCUGUCUGUGUUUGAUCCCCUCAUAUUGGGACUGGCAACAGGUCACUGGAGGAGGAGACAUAAGAACGGGAUAGCUGUUCACCAGACCAGGCUCGUGUGAACUGUUAUCCCGUUCUUCUUAUAUGGGCCGCUGAUUAGUUUAAAGUCGAUCUUGGAAAAAAAACACACAAAAAAAACUCCAGUAAAUGCAGAGAAAACAUCAAAGGAUCUUCGCCUCAUCAGACCUUUCACUGUCCCGCAGGGAAGAGAAACAGCGCCCCCGUGUGUUCACGGCUCCACUAAUCUCUUCUUGGGUCUCUACUUGUCACGAUGUUUUUAACGGUUUAAAAAACAAAAAAUUACAGGCAAGUUUGUCGUGAUAACAAGACUCUUUUCGUCGCCGUUCGCCUUUAUGACCAACAUAGAUUAAGAGCACCUCGGCUGAAAUAUUCGAAUUUACAGCACUCGAUUCGAAUCCGAACUUAUUUAUUUUUUAACGUUAUUGCUUUCUCACACUGUGAUUUAAAGGCAUAAAUGACUCCAGAUUCUUUAUUUUGGUCUGUAGUGUUGUGAGUGAUUGACAUCUUUUUAUUUUUUUCAACAAUUUAGUCAUUUUCAAAAUGCUGUUUAAACAAUCUUUUAUUAUUAUGAUUAUUUUACAAAUAAUUUACAGCUAAUGAUGCAGCAUAAAACAUUUUCUCCUCUUCAUUUACAGAUGUUACUUAUCUUAAAUCUUUGUGCAACUACCCCAAACCUCACACAACCCUGUUAUUUUUAAGCACACGAUUCACGUGGAAGCAAACACUCAUACUUCAGGUCCGUGUAGCGUUCGCUGACCCUACAUUGUUUUUAAUCAACACUGAAGCAAUAUAACCUUCCUUAAACUGCCGUUGCACUUAUAUUAUCGAGGAGCUCCUUAGAUCCGACAGUAGGCUUAUGGGAUGUUCCCAAACCAGAGUGCGAAUGCAAUCACACCAUUUUUAUUCAGUGUAGCCAGGAAGAAAUCAGCAACUCUGUGAGACACUUGAAGCGGCUCCACCGGGUGGAGGAGGAGGAGGAGUGGAGGCUCUACUCCAAGUCUCAGCCGGAGCUCCUCAACAUGCGCACAGUUCAAAAACAGUCACACAGAGAUCCUCGGUGAGAUUUAUUAGACGCUACUGGGAGAAGGCACUGGCGAUGACCAACCCUCUCGCGCUCUACUUGUACUUGUAGAAGCCCUCGCCCGUCUUCUUGCCGUACUUCCCUUCCGCCACCAGUUUGUUCAGCAGCUCCGACUGGCUGAACAGCAGGUUGCCGGAGUCCAUGACGCUCCAACCUGUGGCCAUUUUGGGCAACAGAUAACAAGCACGGUCCAGAACUGAAGCCCGAUUCAAAAACACGUCCACUCACCGUCCAUGAUGAAUUUGAG